AUGAAUGCAAAUAUAAAACUAUGGACCAGGACUUGUGUACAAUGUCAACGCAGUAAAAUACAUAGACAUACGAUUACAACACCGUCAGCAUUUAGUCUACCCGACCAUCGUUUUCAACAUGUUCAUGUUGAUUUAGUUGGUCCUCUGCCUCCAUCUAAUGGAUUCACUUACAUUUUUACUGCAGUGGACCGUUUCACUAGAUGGCCAAUGGCAUGCCCAAUAAAAGAUAUCUCCGCGGAAAAUGUUGCUGCUGUAUUCCUCGACAGAUGGAUCGCUAAUUUCGGUGUACCUUCUACAGUUACUUCUGACAGAGGUUCACAGUUCCAAUCUCACCUCUUCAAUGAAUUUACCCGCAUUUUAGGAAUCCAUCACAUCACUACAACAGCAUACCAUCCAGCAGCGAAUGGACUAGUGGAACGAUUCCACAGACAACUAAAAAGCUCAUUGAUGGUACAGCCUGAUGUUUCUAGAUGGAGUGAAUCUCUACCUCUUAUUUUACUAAGCAUACGUUCCACAAUUAAAGAAGACCUACAAUGUACUCCGGCACAGCUCGUCUAUGGAGCUAAUUUAACCUUACCGGGGCAGCUAGUGACGCAUAAUGGCAAACCCGUAUGUACGGAUCCCACUUCUUUUUGCGAAAGACUAAUGAGCCAUAUGAAUAACAUUAAGCCUGUUGCACCUCGGCCAGUUGUCUUAAAAGAGCAAGUUAGCAAGCAUCUAAAUACGUGUAAAUUUGUGUUUGUUCGUGUUGACUCCGUAAGACGCCCUCUACAACAUCCUUAUGAAGGACCAUUUGAAGUAGUUGAGAGGCAAACAAAAUAUUUCACAAUCAAUAAGAACGGAAAAAAAGAAACAGUUUCGAUCGACAGGAUAAAACCUGCUUUUAUAGAAUCUGAAACACAUGACAGCCGAAAGCCGUCUAAAGACAGCGGUGAUCACACAACGCAGCUUCCAGUGUUUCCAAAUAAUUCUUCACCAACUCCGACGAAAUCAAUAUUCGGUAAAACAGACAGUUCUAAGGUUACAGUUCCCACAAAUUUAAAUCCUAGUUCCGACACUUUAACCUCUACGAAAACAACUCGUUCAGGAAGACAUGUACAUUUUCCUAAACGUUAUGUUGAAUUAAUUACUUAA